UCAUCAUCAUCAUCAUCAUCAUCAUCAUCAUCAUCAUCAUCAUCAUCAUCAUCAUCAUCAUCAUCAUCAUCAUCAUCAUCAUCAUCAUCAUCAUCAUCAUCAUCAUCAUCAUCAUCAUCAUCAUCAUCAUCAUCAUCAUCAUUCUCGGCUUAACGUCCGUUUUCCAUGGUAGCAUGGGUUGUACGGGGUAUAUUAAUGACCCUCUUCCAAUCUGAUCCAGACUGUGUUAGAUCUAAACUCAACUUCCUCUGUAUCAAGUCUGUCCUUAUAACCUCCUGCCAAGUCUUUCUCGGUCUGCCUCUGGGCUUUGCCCCAUGAACUAUCAAGUCUCUACACUUUCUUACCCAAUUAUCCCCUCCAUUCUUUCCAAGUGCCCCAGCCAAUUCAAUCUUCUUAUCUGGAUAACAUCUUUAAUUCUACGGAUACUUACCCUGCUUCUUAGCUCAUCUGAACUUUUUCUGUCUCUCAGACUGGCGUUACACAUCCACCUAACCAUUCUCAUAUCAUUCCUUUCUAAACGGUCAAGAUCUUCCUGCUUCACUGCCCAUGUCUCACUACCGUACAACAUAACACUUCUUACACAGGCCUCAUACAACCUACCUUUUAACUCAAUUGACAAGACUCUGCUAGUCAACAAAGAAAGUAACUCUUUGAACUUUUUCCAAGCAGAACCUAUUCUGCAAGUUACAUCACCUACUGAUAUAUUAUAUUGUUCUUGGAUUUUUUUACAAUAGUCUGAUAACAUAUCUCUGGAGCUAAUGGAUAAUCAUUAUGUAGAUUAUGUAGUUCCUUUUGAUAUUCUAAAUCAACUUCUAAUAUUAGUCCUUUACCACUUUCUGGUUUAUAAUCAGCUAGAUUACAUUUUUUUAUUUCCUUUUCUUUUUACCAUCUAAAUCCACCAGUUGGUAGAUAUUGUGACAUUCCAUAACAGUAUAGAUUGUUAGCAUCUAAAUACAUUAGAUACUUCGAUAGCAUAUCCUUAUCAUAAUUGUUAAUGUACGUAUAUUAUUGGCUUUCCCAUAUCUGUUGGCAAUAUAUGAUACACCACCUCUUAAUCCCUUUUCAAUAAAUAAAAACAUGUCAACAUCUGUCAUCAAUUCAAGUUCUACUUUCGUCAUUUUCAGCAUUGAAUUUUUAUAGAAAUGUUUUUUAAUGAUUUUACUAAUCUGUUGCAUAAUAAAAUGGCUAUCAUAUCCUCUUAGAUUUAGAAAACUACUGGUACUUUGUCUGUUAACCUAUAACUUAAAUUACAUUCACUAUGUGCUGAUUCUCUAUAUCUACCUGUUACAUGGCAAUGAUGUCUGACUAUAGUAUCUGUAUCAAUUUUUUUUUUAUUACAUAUGCGGCAACUAUUAGCUUUUUUAAAAUUUUUGAUAUCAUCUCUUGACAUUAUCAUAUCCUGUUUAAAAUGUUUAUUUUUAAUGUAUUUACAAUAUUUAGCAUUUAGCUUCCUUUAUCAUUUCUUCCAUAAAUUUGUAUACAGCAUCUGGACCCCUAUAUAUUUUUAAUGGUCUGCUACAGUACAGUCUGAAUGUAAUCUAUUGCGGACGCGAAACUCGCAUGAAUAGUUACACAGAACAAUAACAUUGGGAUAGCUUUUGUUUUUUUUAAGAAAAUAAUUGCCUCACUCUCACUGAUAAACAAUGACUCCACACGAUCGAUUGUUUAAUCACAAUAUGUUUCAAGAUCAAUUUUAGCAAUCUAUUUUGCGCGAACUCUUUUAAAAAAUUUAAUUGCAGUAAUUAAGCGUUCUUUUUAGAUCGCAUUUUAAAAGUUUAAAAAUGAAAAGCAGCGAUAGAAAUGUUUUUUUAGAUCGCAUUUUAAAAAAAAUCGAAAAGCAGCAUUUAAUAGUUGUGAACAAUGCUUCUCGUAGGUUUCUUAGAUUAAAUGCGCUGGAAUCUUUUUAAGUAAUUAAAUCAACAAUACAUUCUCGCGCAAUGUAUUAGAAAACUUCGCGAAAGAUUUUUAUUAGUUAAUUACUUCACGCUAUUACUUAAGGGAAUAGCUAUCAAUACAUUUACACAAUGCGUCUCGGUAUUAGAAGAAAUAUAAUUGCUCCGAUAUUUCUUCGCGAGCGCAUUGUUUUUUAACGUGCAAAUAUAAACUCGCAAAAUGCUCAAGGGAUUCAAUACUCCUUUUCAUAAAUUAUUGCGCAAUAUCCAGCCUCAUCUUGAAACUGAGGCACUUGUUGUGUAUUUUCCUCACAUUUUUUCUGCUUUGGGGCGGGGGAUUUUAUAAUAACAACUCAUCAUCAGUAUUAUAGAGAUAAUCAUUCUCAAUAAUAGGUUUCGCUAAUUAAUUAUCAAGUUCCCAUACAAAAAGAAUUAUCUCCAUUAUUUUUUGCUGCGUUUCAGUGAUAAACAUUAGAAAUAAUCAUUCGUUGGCAAGAAGGUGUCUAAGAAGGUUUAUCUGGUAUUCACAAAACAAACUACAGCUAUUUUUCAAACUAAAAUCAUCAAAAACUGCUAUUUUAAUAGCAACAAUACAUCACACAAGGCUCACGCUUCGAAGUACUUUAUUAUAUAUGUUUUAUACAACAAAAAUGGACAAGGAAGAUCAACAUGAAAUUGAACUGGAGGUUGAAGAUUUUCAAGAGCUCUUUAAUGAUAUCUCAGUAGAUCCAGCCAGCAUUAUUCUAACUGAGGAUGAUAUAUCUGACCCUCAUGUCAAAAUUGAUAUUGAAAAGCUGCCAAAGUACAAAGUCGAACACCUGAAAAGCUGGCUAAUAUUUCGUGGCGAUACAUUACAUGGGAUUGACACACUCAAGGAUGCACAAGUACGAGUUUUGCACUAUAUUGAAAGUAAAACCAGCAGUAGGAUUGUAGAUCCAACUCCAGAAAAAGUUUGGCUUAGGAUAAAAGCAGAAAAAAUGGGGAUAUUACUGAAACCUUUGUGGAAAGAAGGAACUAUGCCAGCUGUGCCUGUUGAACUGAAGGCAAAUAUAUCAAAUCUAUUAGACUUAACAGGAUGGUCAAAAUCGUUGACAGAAAUGCCCAGCUUCACUGUAGAAAAUAUAAACAUUUACAAUAAAAAAGUCAACCAGACAUAUUGUAAAAAUUCUACUGCAAUAAAAAAACAUUUCAUACGUGGUGAUCAAUUUAUUGAAGAAAAUUUUCUUGAUUCGACCAACAUGUAUGCGAAACAAAGUGACUCAUUAUUUUUUUUGAAAGGUGUGGCAGCUGCUAGUUUAAAGAAAGCAAACAGAUGGGUAUUUUUAGCUUUAAACAAAAUCACAAGUGAAAUUCGAUAUGCCUAUUGUCAAUGCCCAGCUGGAAGUGUUGGAACAUGCUCCCAUGCUUAAGCUCUCAUGAAAACUUUAGCUAAAUGGGUGGUAGAUAGACUAUCAAUGAUUCCCGAUGCAAAAGCUUGUACCUCGAAACCUUGUGUUUGGAAUGUACCACAGUCUAGAGACAAAAUUGAGAAAAUACCUGUGAUGGAAUUGACAAUAAAGUCACCUAAUGCAAAAAAAAUUAAAAUAGAGAAAAAUA